ACCCACUACUUUUGCCAAUAAAUGGUGACGGGUUUCCUUCCGGCUUGCUGCGCGGAGGCCGGAAGUAAACUUUUUUAGUGGUUCUCUGGUGUGAGGGUGGUGAUAGCGGCAGCGAAUUGCUUGGAUUCUCCCGGCUGCGCGGGGAUUUAACCACCACCAUGUCGAGCAAAAGGGCAAAGACCAAGACCACCAAGAAGCGCCCUCAGCGCGCAACAUCCAAUGUGUUUGCCAUGUUUGACCAGUCACAGAUUCAGGAGUUCAAAGAGGCCUUCAACAUGAUCGAUCAGAACAGAGAUGGUUUCAUCGACAAGGAAGAUUUGCACGAUAUGCUUGCUUCCCUGGGGAAAAAUCCAACUGAUGAGUAUCUGGAUGCCAUGAUGAAUGAGGCUCCAGGUCCCAUCAAUUUUACCAUGUUUCUCACAAUGUUUGGUGAAAAGUUAAAUGGAACGGACCCAGAAGAUGUUAUCAGAAAUGCUUUUGCUUGCUUUGAUGAAGAAGCAACUGGCACCAUCCAGGAGGAUUACCUUAGAGAGCUGCUGACAACCAUGGGGGAUCGGUUUACAGAUGAGGAAGUGGACGAGCUGUACAGAGAAGCGCCAAUCGACAAAAAGGGGAACUUCAAUUACAUUGAGUUCACACGCAUCCUUAAACAUGGAGCAAAGGACAAGGAUGACUGAAAGAACUGCAAAUUCUGGCCAAACAUUCUUUGUUGCCACUUUGGGUAUUUCUUGACUUUCCCUUAGAGCCUAUUGCAUGCCCUUAGCUUUACAGCUUUCGCCUUUCUUGUAUUUAUUCUCAGCCAUUUGGGGGCACAUGCAUCUCAAUAAUCUGACUGGAAAUGAGACUUUUUUUUAAGUUGAAGUAAAAUAGAAUUGGGAGAAAGAUCUUUGCCUUAGGAAAGCUUAAGGAAAAUAUUCUGAUUUUUUCAUAUUUACUGGAUUUUUACAUUUUUUGGUAAUAAAAACUUAAAAAAUAAACAUGACCCAAGUAUUUCCACCAAAUGUUAAUUAUUUUUGUCAUUUUCAAAAUAGAAAAAUAGGUUAAAAUAACUUCCCAGGCCCUGCUCCAAAAUAACUGCAGGCCACACAGAGUCAGUGUAUUUUCUCAGAGAAAGUUACCCACUCAGCUCUUUCUGAACCAUGAUUAAACUUUAUGAUGAAAUA